UAAACAGUUGUUUGACCUGUCAUGACGAUAACAUCUAGUAAGGAAUCUGAACAUUGAUCUUUCACAGAAUUGAGGAACUGAAAAUGGGCACCACUCAAAUCAAUAUGUCAGGUACCUCACUCAUUAACGGUAUCAUCAGUGCUGAACUCAAGACACACAGACCCCGGGUGAUGUCCAAAAGUGGUCACAGCAAUGUGAGGAUUGACAAAGUAGAUGGUAUAUACGUGCUUUACCUUCAAGAUUUGUGGACAACGGUUAUAGACAUGAAGUGGAGAUACAAACUUACCCUGUUUGCUGCUACUUUUGUGAUGACCUGGUUCCUCUUUGGAGUUAUCUAUUAUGCCAUUGCAUUUCUUCAUGGAGAUUUAGAAAGGGAUCAUUUCCCCCCCAAACAUAUGCCUUGUGUCAAGGAAGUAAAUUCACUAACUGGGGCAUUUCUCUUUUCUUUGGAGUCACAGACAACUAUUGGUUAUGGCUUUCGUUUCAUCACAGAGGAGUGCCCUCAUGCCAUAUUCCUCCUGGUUGCUCAGCUGGUCAUCACAACCUUGAUUGAGAUCUUUAUCACUGGUACCUUCUUGGCCAAAAUUGCAAGACCUAAAAAACGGGCUGAGACUAUUAAGUUCAGUCAUUGUGCUGUAAUUACCAAACACAAUGGAGAGCUUUGCCUUGUGAUCAGAGUGGCAAAUAUGAGGAAGAGUCUUCUGAUUCAGUGUCAGCUUUCUGGGAAACUUCUUCAAACCUAUGAAACCAAAGAAGGGGAAAGGAUCCUGCUCAACCAAGCCAGUGUCAAAUUCCAUGUUGACUCCUCUUCAGAAAGUCCUUUUCUGAUUUUACCUUUAACCUUUUACCAUAUAUUGGAUGAGAGUAGCCCUUUAAGAGAUCUCACACCCCAAAACCUAAAAGAAAAGGAUUUUGAACUGGUUGUCCUCUUGAAUGCCACAGUAGAAUCCACUAGUGCCGUCUGCCAAAGCAGAACUUCUUAUAUACCAGAGGAGAUCCACUGGGGUUAUGAGUUUGUGCCUGUGGUUUCUCUCUCUCAAAAUGGAAAAUAUGUUGCUGAUUUUAGUCAGUUUGAGCAAAUCAGAAGAAGUGUAGACUCUACUUUUUAUAGCAUGGACUCUGAAAAACAGAAACUAGAAGAGAAAUACAGACAGGAAGAUGAAAGAGAGAGAGGUCUGAGAACAAUAUUGUUACAGCAAAGCAACGUGUGAUUGUAUGAGCAAACUUUAACAUUAGUAAUGCCUAUUUACAAACUGAAACAAAAGCAUACAUUAUAUACUGUAUGGCUCUUAAGAAAAUGCAGCAGAGACCUCUUAAGCAAGUGCCUUGGUAUAGAGUAAAUCUGUCCUUCUGUGAAGUCAAGUUGUUAAUCGAGUAUUUGUUUUAGUUAGGUGGGAUUUCUUUGUUUAUCAUAAUGACUUAACAGAGUUGGAUUUAUUUUGAGAAUCUGCCUUGUACCAGCUGUAAGAUCAGACAUACUACUUUCCAUUUGGUAAGUGGAGUUUGAUACUGUGAGAAGAUUUCUUCACAUAGAUAUUUGCAAUGAUUUAAUUAUAACAGUGGGAUCUCAAAGUUAGCACACAGUGCUUUCAGAAGGAAAUAGGCUCCUUUAAAAUGUUUAUUUUCAUACCAGUGCUUUAUUUUCUUUAAGUGGUCUUAACUAAGUUAAUGUGAGAGACCUGUGGUUCAAUCAAUGCAGACAUACUAUAGCUGGUAAACACAUUCUUUUAUCUUGAAUGAGGGGAAAUGACUUGUACGCUAAUAGCCCCGCUGGGUUUUGUUAAAAGGGUGUUCUCAGCUCCAUUAGGGACCAUUAGUUUCUUGAACACUCAUUUGGUUUUUUUACCAUGUUAAAGUCAGGCUUGCAUAUAACAUCUAGGGAGGGAGCUGCAGGCAGUUAACACUGAAUCAAAACAGUAAUUAACUAAGUAAAAACUGGCUUUGCCAAGACUUUUAUUUUCAUAAAGUGUAAAUCAUUUCUAUUAGCAGCCUAACAAUACAUUUCUGAAGGUUGCUUUUUUUGCCAUGGGUCAUAUUUCAUUUUUGUUCAAUGAAAUCUUGAUGACAUCUGUAGCCAAUAUUUACUGUUUCUGGCCAGA